AUGAUGUCGAUUGUUUGCGAUACCUCUGAUACAGCUGCAGAAUGCAUCACUUAUUUGAAGGAGCAACGUUUUGCCCGAGAAACAUUUCUUCCGCUGGCAUCACUGCUUGUUCGUCCAAUCAAUGAAAAACUCAGGGAUAUAUCGGAACCGCGCGGUGUACAUCUCGUUUUUGAUGUUAUCCAAUGUAAUAAUUCGGUUGCACGUAAAGCCCUGCAGUUUGCUUGCGGAAAUGCUUUGCUUUGUGAAACACCAGAAGAUGCGAAGUAA